UGUCUACAUUUCAACCAACUCCCUUUUCUCUCUCAUAAACCAUAAUCUGUCUCUCUCCCCUCUCCCUGUUCUUGGAAGGCAGUGGUAAGAGGAAAAGGGGUGAUGUUAUAAUAUUUGUUGAAGGAUUCUACUUUUGUAGUUGAUUUUAAUCUUGAAUUUGUUGUUGGGACUAUAUGCCAUGGAUAAUAACUUCAGAGCUAUAAAUGGAACAGUUUCAAGAAUGAAAUCAAACAACGAAGCCCUUCACGUGUUUCCUAACGCUAAUGUGAUCAGUGAUCUGAGGAUUAGUGAUAGGUUCUUCAAUGGGAAUAUAGCUGAUAACUCUAUACAUACGUCUAGCCAAUUUAGUUUUGACACCGGGGGUCAAUCACGGGAGGAUGACUCUCCCGAGGAUUUUGAUUUCAGUGACGGCGUGCUCAAGUUCAUAAACCACAUCCUCAUGGAAGAGGACGUGGAAGAUAACACCUGUAUUUUUCAAGAGUCUGCAGCUCUUCAAGCUGCAGAGAAGUCAUUCCACGAGGUUCUUGCAGAGCAGCGUCCUGCUUCGAGUGAUAAUCAUCUGGUGCUCAAUUUGGACCAGGGUAUCGAAAGCCCUGACGAGAAGUUUCUUGAAGAAUCAAGAAGUAAUGUUUAUGACCCUAGUGAUGUGGAGGUGUUUUCUCCUGAUUGGUUUUAUGAUCCCGACUUCAAUGGAUAUAACGGACAUCAUAUUACUGUCGAUGUUCGCUCGACUUGUCAGUCAUCAUACAGUUCAUCUUCUAGCAACGGUACCUUUGCUGAUGGGCCGGUUGAUUCGCCUGUUAGCAUUCUUAAAAACGCAGAUGUGUUCAGCAACCAAGAGUCGGCUAUGCAAUUCAUGAAGGCAGCUGAAGAAGCAAGUAGAUUUCUUCCUUGUUGCAGCAACCUGAUCACGGGUGUGAGAAAUGAUGAGUCGAGGGAAAGGGCGAAGGAGGUAGGCUCCACCAGUGUGGCUGUUAAGUUGGAACGGAGAUCUUAUGAGGAGACUCUCGAUAUACCAAGGGGGAAGAAAAAUCCUUAUCACGAGACAUCAGGGUUACAAGAGGAAAGGAGCAGCAAGCAGUCAGCCAUUUAUUCCGCCACUACUUUGAGCGAUGACAUGUUCGAUCUCGUUCUUCUGUGCAGUGGCGGAAAAAAUGAAUCCGCCCUGCGAAAAGAAUUGAGUGAAGUAACUAAAAGCACUCCUCAGGAGGAUCAACCGGACGGAGUCAACGGUGGGAAAAUUCAGGGUAAGAAAAAAGGAGGAAGGCGAAAUGUGGUCGAUUUGAGAACCUUAUUGAGCCUUUGCGCACAAGCCGUUGCAGCUGAUGACCGUAGGACUGCAAAUGAGUUCCUGAAGCAGAUUCGACAGCAUGCUACUCUGACGGGGGACGGGAUGCAGAGACUCGCUUGUUACUUUGCUGAUGGUCUCGAGGCACGUAUGGCUGGAUACGGAGAUCCUAUAUGUGCUCCUGCUAAUGCAUUGCCUACCUCGGCUUCUGACAUCCUGAGAGCCUAUCAUAUAUUGAUAGCAACGUGUCCGUUUAGGAAGAUAUCUAAUUUCUUUGCUAACAAAACCAUCAUGAAUGUUUCUGAGAAGGCCACGAGGAUCCACAUUGUCGAUUUUGGCAUUUUCUAUGGUUUCCAAUGGCCUAGCUUUAUGCAACGGCUGAGUAAUAGACCCGGUGGGCCCCCAAAGCUUCGUAUUACUGGAAUUGACUUUCCGUGUCCGGGUUUCCGGCCAGCAGCAAGGGUUGAAGAGGCUGGGAGGCGUUUGGCUGGCUAUGCCGAGACUUUUGGAGUACCGUUUGAAUUCAAUGCGAUUGCUCAGAAGUGGGAUACGAUUAGGAUUGAAGAUCUUAAGAUAGAGAAAGACGAGUUGCUCGUGGUGAGCUGUUUAUUUCGAUUCAGGAACCUUCUCGACGAGACUGUCAUAGUGAAUAGUCCGAGAAAUAUCGUUCUAAGCCUUAUCAGGAAGAUGAAUCCUGCCGUCUUCGUCCAGGGGGUUGUGAAUGGCUCGUACAACGCUCCCUUUUUCAUUACGAGAUUCCGGGAGGCGAUGUUUCACUACUCAUCGCUUUUUGACAUGCUCGACACCAUUAUUCCCCGAGAGAUUCAUGAGAGGAUGCUUCUUGAGAGAACAAUCUUUGGACAAGAGGCCAUGAACGUAAUUUCUUGCGAAGGAGCCGAAAGGAUCGAGAGACCAGAGACUUACAAGCAAUGGCAGGUCCGGAACAUGAGAGCUGGAUUCGUGCAGCUUCCUCUCGACAAGGAGAUCGUGAAACUGGCUAAAAAUAGAGUCAAGUCCUCCUACCACAAGGAUUUUGUGAUCGAUCAAGAUGGCCAGUGGAUGUUGCAAGGGUGGAAAGGGCGCAUCAUAUACGCGCUCUCUUCUUGGAGGCCUGCUUAUUGAGCUGCUCGAUUCAUGACUAGCGAAGGCCACACGACUGGUUGCUGUUCGUGCAGGCUUUCCGUGUCAAAUGUCGAACAUCGACUAGUUAGAAGCAAGAUGUUCUGUUGAUAACGCCGUUACGUCUUCUCCUAUCGGAAGCUCGGGUGGAGAACCGACAGAGUGGCGCAAAAACGGAACGUGAGCUUCGAGUAUUGGUAGGUAAUGUAACCUUUCUUCAUGUUGAGAAAGUGACAUAGAUCAAGGAUUUUGGUUUAGGCUUUAUAGUGAAGUGUGCAUAAUUGCAGUCAAACGACGGCGUUUUGUUUCGCCUGCACAUUACACAACAAUGUAGUAUGUAUGUUGGCUUACUGAAUAACCAUAAAAUUACACUUUCUUGUCACAUCUUUCCAUCAGAUUUAUUAGUUUUCUGUA